AUGAUGUUUUUGUUUUGGUCUGUCUGUUUCCUAAAGGAACCUGUUGCUGGUUACCGAAGUGUUUUGGGAACUUUUAUUUCUGCAUUUAUUGCAUCUUACGAGAUCAGUCUUCAGCUGGAAGACAGUACUCUUAAUUUGAUAUUGGAUAUUCUUUGCAAAGUUUAUCAGGGAGAGGAGUCGCUUUGCAUUCAGUUUUGGGACAGAGAAAGUUUUAUUGAUGGUCCUCUCCGAUGUCUUCUUUGCAACUUAGAGGGUGAAUUCCCCUUCAGGACGGUUGAACUAAUUCGCCUUUUAUCAUCCCUAUCUGAAGGAACUUGGCCAGCAGAGUGUGUGUAUAGCUUUCUAGACAAGUCAGUGGACAUUUCAACCUUGUUUGAGUUUAUUAAUGAUUCCUUGGUGGAUCCCACGUCCCAAAUUGUUCAAACGUGCAUCCCACUUCGCAUUCCUGGUCUUGAAGGUUUGAUGAUUCCCAUUAACAGUCGUGGACAUAUUUUGAAAUUAGUUGGGAAAAAAACUGCUCUUGUACGAUGGGAGGAUACACAUUUUGGGGUGCUUGUGUUGCUUAUGCGUGUAGCCCAGAAGCUGUACAUAGAUGGCAAUGAGGAAGUUUGCUUACUCUUGAUCUGCUUAAUCGAAUGGUAUCCUUUAACGAGGUCAAUAGAUACUUUGUUCAGUUGUUGGAUGGAGUUUUGUUAAAGUUGGAGCACAAAAUGAAUGAAGAUUUUUGAAACUUCUAACUUAUGGAAAAUUUGACGACUAGUCACAUUCCCUCUAAUAGCUAGCUAGCUUUUGGUUCUUUCGCUUUCUAGAAUUGCUCCGAACGUCAUAUAUUGUGAACAAAUAGUUGGCAAGUAGAAAACCGUAGUAUAGAUUGAUUACUUUCCUUAUUGUAUGGAUUAGUGAAUUAUAUAG